UCCAUUCCUUCCCUCCACGAUGGAAAAGCUGAUCGCUCUCUCCCUUCUCUGCCUCCUGACCUCCUCGCUCCCCGGGACGUCGGGGCAUUUCCCCUGCCCCGAUCCCGAGGACAUUUCCCCCUGCACCUGCACCUACGACGAGGGAAGGCUGGAGAUCACGGCGGACUGCUCCGCGGCGACGCCGAGCGAAAUCUUCUCUGCCUUCAACGACGCCACCUGGUUCUCGAAGCUCACGAAACUGAACGUGUGGAGUAACGAGGCGGUGACGGUGCUCCAGAAAGGCAUCUUCGGAGACAUCUCCUUCCAGUACGUGAACGUCUACGACGCCCCGAACCUGGUCGCCAUCCGCCCGUCGGCCCUGCUUCCCUCGAGGGACCGGCUCGUGGAUGCGUCGUUCGGGUUCGGCCGGCUCAGGGACUUCCCCUGGCACAUCCUCCCAAUGGAGUUCCAUGAGUCCAUGCUCGCCUCCAUUCCUUUCCUCCACGAUGGAAAAGCUCCACGCUCUCUCCCUCCUCUGCCUCCUGACCUCCUCGCUCCCCGGGACGUCGGGGCAGUUCCCCUGCCCCGAUCCCGAGGACAUUUCCCCCUGCACCUGCUCCUACGACGAGGGAAGGAUGGAGAUCACGGCGGAUUGUUCCGCGGCGACGCCGGACGAAAUCUUCUCCGCCUUCAACGACGCCACCUGGUUCUCGAAGCUCACUACGUGAACGUCUACGACGCCCCGAACCUGGUCGCCAUCCGCCCGUCGGCCCUGCUUCCCUCGAGGGAUCGGCUCGUGGAUGCGUCGUUCGGGUUCGGCCGGCUCGGGGAGUUCCCCUGGCACAUCCUCCCGCAGAUGGCCGCGCUCACGCGCCUCGACUUCAACGGGAACGCGCUGACGGCGCUGCCGGCGCUGCAGAGCGACACCCUACAGUACCUCAUCCUCCGGGACAAUCGCAUCUCUUCUGUGGAAGGCGGCUGGCUAGACUUCCGGAUGAACCUUUUCCACGUUCCUGCAGAUGGGAAUCCCGUGUCAGAGUUGCCGGCUGGGUUUCUCUCUGGCUUCGAGAAGUUGGCGAUGUUCUACUGCUCAGACUGCAACCUCGGGCCGACUCUUCAUUCCGGGUCGCUAGAAUUUGACAGUCAAGAUCUGGAUCUAUUGUUCUUGGAUGGAAACAACAUCGCGACCGUGGAGGUCGGAGCCUUCUCAGGUCUCACGGCGAACAGUCACAUAAUCCUGCUCGAUAACCUGAUCACCGAAGUGACGGAGGAGGUCUUCCGUCCGAUGCUGGAGGUCUUCUCAUCCGGGAACGGAUACGUCUCUCUCGACAGGAAUCCCAUCCGGUGCGACUGCAGCAUGGCCUGGCUGAUGCUCGAAGCAGACCUUCUUGAGCAUACCUUUGGAUCCUGCGAGAAUGGUCUUUACUUUCACAAUCUGGAUCCGAAUGUAUUUGAAACAUUCUGCAUCAAGAUGAAUCCUCCAAUGGCAGGCGAUUAUUCCACCUGGAUUUAACGCGUUCCGGUUGAAGGAAAUGCAGUUGAUCGCGAAUAAAAGCUUCGGUCCGUCCCUUUCGUUUCGUUA